AUGAACCGCCUGUCUGCAACUUCGUUUUGUCUUCUGUUUGUAUAUUCUACGGCACAGCGAUUUGGACAAGCUGAACUGGUUUAUGAAUGGGAUACUGUGGAAUUUGACUGGCCUUCUGAAGCCGAAAAAGCAGAAGCACUCAGAAAUGGAACUUAUGUGCCAGAAAGGAAUUUAGUUGUUGGCAUCAAAGUGCACAAGGACGAUGUUUACGUGACCAUACCUCGGUGGUUUUGGACCACCGGUCAUCCAGUGACCCUAGCUAAAAUUGUCACGGUCAACAAUGAAACGAAGCUGCGACCAUACCCCAGCUGGGCAUUCCAGAAACAGGCGGACUGCAAGUCUUUUCAGUUUGUCAUGAGCAUGGAGAUUGACCCAAAUACUGACCGGAUGUACGUCAUCGAUACAGGACGCGUGGGAAAUAUUUUAAAUUUAUGUCCAGCGAAAAUUUACAUUUUUGAUUUAAAAAGUGACACACUUUUAGAAAUGCACGAAUUGCCAGACAGUGUGGUAAACAGGACCAAGAACUUUCUCAAUGAUAUCGUGUUAGAUUAUAUAAACGGUUCGGUGAGGUAUGCGUACAUGAGCGACGCUUACGACAGCCGACUGAUUAUUUAUGACUUCGAAACAAAAUCUGCAUUUUAUUUGAAAGAUCCAUCAAUGGACAUUGAAAGAAAUGCUUCAGUAAUCACAUUCAAUGGUGAAGAAUACGACUAUAUCCUUUCAGCAAUAAACGGAAUAGCGAUAUCUCCAGAUUUUAACUAUGUCUAUUACUGCGCUGUUUCUUCUUAUAGUCUAUACCAGAUCCCCACGUCGACCUUGCGAAAUAUGUCGUCUGCCAAAGAUACAGGUAUCAGACGAGUGGGAACGAAAGUGUCACAAACUGCCGCGUUAGCUUAUGGAAACAACAAUCUUUACUAUGGUGCACUGGGCCUUAAUGCUGUGUACUUCUGGGACCUUAAACAAGACAUGAUGAAACAGAAGGUUGGAAUGGACAAAGUCUCUUUACAAACGCAGACAUUAUUGGUUAGAAACGACAGCGCCAUGCAGUGGCCAGAUACUUUCGCUUUUGAUAACAAAGGUUGGCUCUGGUUUACCUCUGACCGACUUCCGCUGUUUUGGGCGAAAGGUCUUCCUAAUAACACAAAAGAAGGCGAACCUUUCAUGAGGAUUUGGAAGGUUUAUGUAAACGAGACUGGUAUUUAUUCCAAGCUGACAAACGAACAAGGGAAGCAAACGGCGCUCGGACAGUGUCCUGUCUGGGCGGUUUUAGCUUAG